AUGGCAGCAAUUAAGAUGUGUAUACUGCCGAAACUUCUAUUUUUAUUUCAAAAUGUCCCGGUGAUUAGAGGAAAUUCUAUAUUCAAAAACUGGCAAAAAAUUCUCUCCAAAUUUAUAUGGCAAGGUAAAAGACCGAGAAUUAGAUUUAAAUUGUUAACGGACAGAAAAGAUAGAGGAGGAUUUGCGGUCCCAAAUUUGAGAUUGUAUUAUGAAGCCUUGUGCCUUUGUUGGCUCAGAGAAUGGAUUGUCUUAAAAAACACAGAUCUGUUGGAUUUAGAAGGCUUCGAUUUAAGAUUCGGUUGGCACGCCUAUCUCUGGCAGAAUAAGGAAAAGGUGCAUAAAGGCUCCUCAAAUCAUAUCAUCAGAGGAUCCUUGUUAGAGGUGUGGGAAAAGAAUAGGAAAUUGUUGGAAAAAAAUACCCCUUGGUGGUUAUCGCCCAUUGAUAUCUUAACCAUAAAAAAAACGAAUAUAGAAGGUGAGAGAUGGACCUAUGAAGACCUCCUGGAAAGAUCUGAAAAAGGAUGGAAAAUCAGACCCUAUGAAGAGCUAAAAGACAAACUAACAGGCUGGCUGCAGUACCAUCAAAUUAAUGCCUUAUGGAAAGAAGACAAAAAAACUGGGAUGAAUGAGAAAAAAUCUAGGUUCCAGGUAGAGAUUAUAGAAAGUAAAACCAAACUUCUAUCCAAAAUGUAUAACCUGUUACUAGAAUGGGAUACUAAGGAUGAGGAGGUCAAGGAAGUUAUGAUAAAAUGGGCAAUAGACUUUGGAUAUAAUUUGGAUUAUGAUAAUUGGACGAGGCUAUGGAAUAAAGGUAUGAAAUUUACUGCCUGCACCACCCUUAGAGAAAAUAUGGAAAAGAUGAUGUACCGUUGGUACAUCACCCCUGUGAAAUUAGAAAAAAUGUAUAAGACCAGGGAUAAUAGGUGUUGGAAGUGUAAAUCCAAAGAAGGCAGUUUCUAUCAUAUGUGGUGGAAGUGUGAAGAAAUAAAAAAAAUUUGGGAAGCCAUAUACAAUGAAUUGAAAAAGAUACUUAAAUACACCUUUGUUAAAAAACCCGAAGCCUUCCUCCUAGGUAUGAUCGGAGACAAGAUUAAAAAAGAAGACUACAUAAUGUUUCAAUAUGCAACUGUAGCUGCUAGGAUUCUACUAGCACAAAAUUGGAAAACUCCUAAUAUCCCGACCGUUAAAGAUUGGCAAAUUAAACUAUUUGAAUACUUAGAAUUGGCAAAAAUGACGCAGAAUAUCAGACAGCAAAAAGAUACAAAGUUUAAUGACGAUUGGACCAAAUUUAUAACAUAUAUGGAAACAAAUUCUAGAAAUCUAAAAAUCACAGUAGGUUUAACAUAA